CGGGUUUGGACAGUUAAGUACUGGUCUCAAACAUCCCGUAAUACGCACACCACAGAGGUCCUAUACCUGUCUCGGGCAUACAUGGCGCGCGGAACGUAGGCUAGUCUGUGGCCAGAGCCGAGGGAUGCAGCUCGGAGGAGCGGCAAUAAAUAAGAUAAACGUGUGCGCGGCCGUGUAUGUUAGCGAGCCAGGAUGUAAGGAACACUCAAUAGCAUAUAAUACAUUGGCGACGAGUAAAAUCAACCUUUUCAGCCUUUUCAGGGGAGAAUAAUUGUUAUUACUACAAAAUUUAAGCAAAAAACUUCGGUGGAUUCAGCACGAAUAUAGAAUUGACGGAUUAACGCUCGGGCAGUUACAAUGGCACGUUCAGGGGCCAUGGCACUGACAUUGGACAAAUUUGAAUGUGGAGGAGAACCAACUUCCUUGGGAGCACGUUGGGAGCGUUGGAAGAGGGCACUUCUUAUAUAUAUUGAUGCAGCAGGCAUAGAAAAAAAUGAAAAGAAGAGAGCUAGUCUUCUUCAUUUUGGGGGACAGGAGUUACAAGAAAUAUUCUACAACAUCCCAGAUCCAGAAACUGAAGAUGGCGUACCUAGAAAAGAUGUGUUUCAAAUUGCAUUGUCAAAACUGGAUUCCUACUUUUCACCUAAACAGAGUAAAGUGUAUGAACGUCACUUAUUUAGGCAAGUAAAACAAGAAAUAAAUGAAAAGUUUGAAAAAUUUCUCGUAAGGUUACGUCAACAAGCUGAUAAAUGCCAAUUUCAUAAUAAAGAUGAGCACAUUAUCGACCAGAUUAUAGAAAAAGGGUCUUCAAGUGAAUUGAGGAAAAAGAUAUUGCGUGCAGGAGAUGAUAUGACAUUAGAGAAAAUUAUCUAUGAGGCAAAUUCAUUAGAAGCAGUUAACAGACAGUUAGAAGAUUUUGCAGAAAAAUCUACAAAUAAGGAAGAAGUUAAUAAAAUAAGUACAAAGCAAAAUAGUAAUUAUGUGAAAAAAUUUAAAGAACCUUGUCAACGAUGCGGAAGCCGCUCUCAUCUGAAAUGCCCGGCAAUUGAUAAAGAAUGUUUUAAGUGUAAGCGCAUUGGCCACUUCCAGCAAAUGUGUCGGAAAAGAAAGCUUGCUGAGGAUAGGAAUUCCAGCAAUAAGAAAUUCAAGAGUAAUAGAGAACCUCACCAAGGUGUUAACCAAAUGACCUCACAAAUAGAAGAAGUGCAGUAUGUAUUCAACAUUGAUAGCGAUGACACUAUUGAUUGUGAAGUUGGAGGAUUCAAUAUAAGCAUGUUGAUUGAUUCGGGAUCCAAAUGGAACUUGAUUGGCAAAGAAACUUGGACAGAAAUGAUACGAAAUAAUGUUGUGAUAUAUGACCAAAAUAAGGAUUUACACAAGACAUUUGUACCUUAUGGAAGUACAACUGCGCUAUCCCUACAAGGCACUUUUAAAGCAAAUAUAAAAGUUGGAAGUCAAACUCAAGAUGCCACUUUUUAUGUCAUUACUGAGGGCACAAGAAACCUAUUAGGUAGAGAUACAGCAAAACAGUUGGGUGUCCUCAAAUUAGGUUUAGACAUCAACCAGAUACAAGAAGAAACAUUUCCCAAAAUAAAAAAUGUAUUGAUACAUAUACCCAUAGAUGAGACUAUCCAACCAGUAUCACAGCCACUCAGAAGAAUUCCAAUACCAUUAGAAAAGAAAGUGGAAGAGAAGUUACAGGAUUUAAUUAAAAGGGAUAUUAUAGAAGAAGUAUCGGGCUCAUCAAAAUGGGUAUCUCCAAUUGUGCCAAUUUUAAAGGAAAACGGAGAACUUCGCUUAUGUGUAGACAUGAGGAGGGCAAAUGCAGCCAUAAUGAGAGAAAAUCAUCCCUUGCCUACCAUGGAUAAGUUACUACCACAAGUGCGUGAUGCCAAGUACUUCAGCAAGUUAGACAUCAGAGAUGCUUUUCAUCAAUUAGAGCUUCACCCAGAUUCCAGACAUAUAACAACAUUCAUCACCAGUCUAGGCAUGUACAGGUACAAACGCUUAAUGUUUGGAAUUACAUGUGCCCCAGAGAUUUUUCAAAAAACCAUAGAGAAACUAUUACUUGGUUGUGAAGGGGUUAUAAAUUUUAUGGACGACAUACUAGUUUAUGGAAGAGACAAAGAAGAGCAUGACACAAGGCUUCAACAAGUUACAAACGUCUUAAAGGAAAACAAUGUAGUACUGAAAGAAGAAAAAUGCAUAAUUGGAGUCACUAAAGUUCACUUUCUUGGACAUGAAUUGUCAGCAGAGGGGGUAAGACCGUUGCAAAAGUAUUUAUCGGCAAUUCAACAAUUUAGAUCACCCAAAACCGUUGGUGAAUUACAAAGCUUCAUGGGUUUGGUGAACUAUGUAGGCAGGUGGAUACCAAACCUUUCAACGUUGACGGAGCCUAUGAAAUUACUUCUACGGAACAGGCCUGGAAAAAAUACAGUUUUGCAAAAUGAUUGGGGAUGUAAACAACAGUCUGCAUUUCAAGCACUGAAAGAAGCAAUCAGCAACAUACCUACAUUAGGCUACUAUGAUGUCAGUAAGAAGACUGUUGUGAUUGCCGAUGCGAGUCCUGUAGGUCUUGGGGCAGUUCUGGUCCAAAUACAUGAUAAUGAACCCCGAAUCAUUGCCUUUGGCAGUAGAACACUGACUGACUGUGAAAGAAGGUACUGCCAGACUGAGAAGGAGGCACUUGCAUUGGUAUGGGCGAUAGAACAUUUCCAUAUAUUUUUAUAUGGUAAACAGUUCGACUUGAUAACAGACCACAAACCAUUAGAAGUUAUUUUUGGACCUAAGUCAAAACCCUGUGCAAGAAUAGAAAGAUGGAUCCUGCGACUUCAAUCUUACAAAUUUAAAGUUAUAUACCGACCAGGAAAAAACAAUAUUGCUGAUCCAUUGUCUAGACUGAAUGACAACAAUCUAUCUAGCGGCGAGCCCAUAGAACACCACAUACAGCAGAUAGUGGAGUACAUAAGGCCAAGGGCUAUUUCGUUAAAUGAAGUGGCAUACUACUCUGAAAAAGACCCAGAAAUACAAAAAGUCAAGGCUGGACUGUACCACAAUAACUGGGAUGAGGAGGUAAAAAUAUAUAAACUGUUUCAGACUGAGCUAUGCUUUUAUGAAGAGAUUCUCCUGAGAGGAACACGAAUAGUUAUUCCAAAAGAUCUUCGGAAGAUAAUCCUCACAGCUGCUCAUGAAGGUCAUCCAGGAAUAGUCGCCAUGAAGGCCCGGUUGAGAGCGAAAGUUUGGUGGCCUAAGUACGAUAGAGAAGCCGAGAAGCUAGUUAAAUCUUGUGCAGGAUGCACAUUAGUAUCGGCUCCCAAUCCGCCUAAUCCGCUAAAGCGACGCGAAUUGCCUGAUGAAGCAUGGAAAGACGUGGCCAUAGAUUUGCUUGGCCCAUUACCCAGCGGAGAUCAUAUCUUUGUGAUAAUUGAUUAUUUUAGCAGGUAUAAAGAAGUUAAAAUCUGCCGGAAAAUAGACAGUACGGAAAUGACAAAACACCUAUUAGAAAUUUUCAGUCGCUUGGGUGACCCGGCGACCAUCACGGCGGACAAUGGGCGUCAAUUUAUAUCGGAUCAUUUCAAAUCUUUCUGCAAAGAAAGAGGGAUUACAUUACACUCAACGAUCCCGUACUGGCCGCAAAUGAACGGAGAAGUCGAGAGACAGAAUAAAGACAUUUUGAAGAGGUUAAGGAUAAGCCAAGUAGAAAAAAAAGAUUGGAAAUUGGCCUUAAUCGAAUACAUAGGAAUGUAUAACAGUACACCACAUUCAGUGACAGGAAAAACACCCGCAGAACUAUUCUUUAGACGACAAUUUCGAGAUAAAAUCCCUAUGGUAAGCGACCUGAGUCGAAAAGGAGAUUUCAAUUUAGAAAAUAAAGAUGUAGAUAUGGAGGUUAGGGACAAGGACAAGGAAUUAAAAGAGAAAGGAAAGGAGUACACCGAUGAAAAAAGAAAAGCAAAAGAAUGUACAUUGGUAGAAGGCGAUAAAGUCGUUAUGAAGAAUAUAACUAAGGAGAACAAGUUAAGCACACCUUUCGGAGCUACAACACUUACGGUGGAAAAAGUGAAUGGAGGAGAUGUGGAAGUCGUAAACGACGAAACAGGUCAGAGGUAUAGAAGGAACGUUGUACAUCUCAAGAGAGUAGACGGGGAGUGGCAGAUUAACCUAGUUGUAGACUAUUAAGUUGCUGGGUUUACGUUGUUAGUUAUGUUGUAACUGAAGUUGAAGAUUUUUAAUAAAGUCUUAAUGGUACAGUUGUUCUUAUUUUUAUAAUCUUGAAAGAGGUUUCUAAAUCUAUAAGGAAGGAGGGAUGUAGUGUAUGUACGGGUUUGGACAGUUAAGUACUGGUCUCAAACAUCCCGUAAUACGCACACCACAGAGGUCCUAUACCUGUCUCGGGCAUACAUGGCGCGCGGAACGUAGGCUAGUCUGUGGCCAGAGCCGAGGGAUGCAGCUCGGAGGAGCGGCAAUAAAUAAGAUAAACGUGUGCGCGGCCGUGUAUGUUAGCGAGCCAGGAUGU